AUGUCGGGAACCAGCUACCUGCUGACCGAGGAGCAGCUUCUCUGCUGCAUCUGUCUGGACGUCUUCAGCGAUCCGGUCACGCUGCCGUGUGGACACAACUUCUGCAAAACCUGCAUCGUGCAACACCUGAACUUUAACUCCCAGCGCCAGUGUCCCAUGUGCAAAGAGCGAGUGGACAAGAAGCACCGGCUCGGCGUCAACACCUUCAUAUCUGAGAUGGCCGUCCAGUUCAGACGGUCGGCUGGAAGGCCAACCACCCCGGAGCGAGACGUCGCAUCGCCGGGGGAAGUCUCCUGCGAUGUUCCUGCUGGAUCGAAGUGGGUAUCUGUGAAGUCCUGCCUGCUGUUAGCAUUUAGCCUGACGUGUCUGAGCUUCUACUUUGCAGCCAACAUUCAUCAAACAGUGUCCGGCCUAAAAAAUCCCCAGCUGUUUGAGGACGAGGCGAACACCAGGUGCUCCGAUCACGACCAACGUCUGCAGCUCCACUGCAAGGACGAACAAAUACCCCUCUGUCAGUCCUGUGUUGACUCCAGCCACAGAUUUCACCACAUGGUUCCUCUGAGAGAAGAAAGCGAAGCAAAGAAGGCGGAACUGGAGGCUAAAAUUCACUGGAUGAUCCAGGAGAGACAGACGAAGAUUCGGGAGCUCCAACGUUCGGUGAAGCUCAGCAGUGACGCCGCAAACAGAGAGAAGAACGACGGCGUUCAGGUCUUCACCGCUCUGAUUCAGUCUUUGGAGAAAGCAAAGACGGAGCUCAUCGGGACGAUCGACAAGAAGCAGAGAGCGACAGAGGAUCAAGCCGGAAGCUCCAUCCAGGAGUUGGAGGAGGAGAACGGAGAGCUGAUGAAGCUCUUACGCUCUAAAAACCACCUCCACCUCCUGCAGAGCUCCUCGUAUCUGGACGCUGCUCCGCCGGACAAAGACUGGACGGAGGUGAGCAUCUGUCCGACGAUGUACGAAGGACUCCUGAGGGCGGCGGUGGUGAAGGCGGUGACCGAGCUGACGGAGACGGUCCGGGGCGAGAUGAAGAAGCUGCAGGACGCCGAGAUCAAGAACAUCCAGCAGGUGGACGUAACUUUGGAUCCGGAUUCAGCUCAUCCUGCUCUGGUUCUGUCCGACGACGGGAAGCAGGUGCACUGUGGGGACGUUUGGAAGAAACUCCCAGAGAAUCCGAAAAGGUUCGAACCUGCGAUUAACGUCGUGGGAAGUCAGAGCUUCUCCUGUGGAAGGUUUCACUACGACGUCCAAGUCAAAGGGAAGACCGGAUGGACUUUAGGAGUGGCCAAAGCGUCGGCCAACAGGAAGGGAGAAAUUAAACUCAACCCAGAGAAUGGCUACUGGACGAUACAUCUAAGGAACAGAAAAGACUACUUUGCACUUGCCAACUACCCAGUUCCUCUUUCUGUGACCUCCCGCCCUGAGAAGGUCAGAGUGUUCGUGGACUAUGAGGAAGGUCUGGUUUCCUUUUAUGACGUAGAUGCUGCAGUUCUGCUCUAUUCCUUUACUGGAAGCUCCUUCACUGAGAAACUCUACCCUUUCUUCAAUCCUGGCACCGGUGACAGUGGAAGGAACUCUGCUCCUCUGAUUAUCUCAUCAAUCAAUACACAUUAG